AUGAAGAGAAUACAAAAUCUAAUUGCUAAUGGAAAGCAAUUCUUAAUCGAUAGCUAUUCAAUUCAUAAAUCUAAAUAAGUAUUUUCUCUAUCUAAAUUAGGCACUUAAAGCAUAUGAGAAAUAAUAAUACAAGAAAAUAAUUUCCUAAUGUUAGUAUUGGAAUUCCUAUAAGUAUAUUCAAAUAAAUCAACACAAAUUCCUGUUUUUCCUUAUAUCAGAAUAGAAUAAUGAUUUAAUCAAACAAAUAUUAGAUAGAAAUCCAAUAAAGGAAUAAAUCUUAGGAGAUGAUGAAAAUCCAAAUAACUUUUUUCCAUUGACAUUUUCUGUGUUAAAUGAUGUCAAAGAAACCAGCGAAGUGCUUAUUGAAAAUGGAGCUAACAUCAACUAGGUACAUAAGGAUGGUAAUAAUAUUACUCAUGUUUGUGCUUUCUUUAACAAAAUCUAAGCUUUGAAUUAUUGCAUAGAGAAAGGUGUAAAUUAUGAAUAGUAAAAUGAGAGAGGGGAUACUCCGUUGCAUUUGGCAUCUAUGCAAGGACAUUGUGAAAUAAUAGAACGAUUGUUGAAUUUGAAAUGUAAUGUCAAUAUCGAAAACACAGAGCAUCAUCAACCUAUUCAUGAAUCAGUCUUGUUUGGUUAAUUGGAUGCAUUCAAAAUUCUAUUUAAAUAUUAUUAAGGAAUAUAGAGGAGUUCAUAAUCGCCACACAUCGUUCAUUAUGCUUCUAUGCUCGAAAACAUAUUUAUUUUAAGUGAAAUAAUCAAAAGCAACAAAGCUUUAGUGAAUCUUAGAGACCCUGUAAGCAAUGCAGUUCCACUUCAUUUUAGUGUUAAUUCAAAUUCUUUGGAGUGUACUAGUUUGUUACUUGUAAAUAUUUUUGAUAUUUUAAGGAAAGUGGGGCGUUGCCUAAUGUAAAGGACAAAUUUGGAAACACUCCAUUGCAUUUGGCUGUUGAAAAGAAAAACAUUGAGAUAUGCAAAUUAUUAUGUUUGAGAGGAGCUGAUAUUGAUAUAGAAAAUGAGGAUAAAUUGACAGCCAAAGAUUUAGCUGAGGUUGAUGUAGAUAGAUAAAUUUUGGCUUUAUUUUAAUCAUAAUCCAGAUAUUCAAAUCUUUUCAGAUAAUGAUGUUUAGAG